ACUUUUGGGAAGUAAAACUCCUUUGGGAAUAGGGAGGAGGCUGCAGAGGUCCAACGAACUUGGGGGGGAGUGACUCAGAGGGAGGGGGUGGCGGUGGUUUGGGGAUAUAAACAGCAAGCCACCGCCGCCCCCACCGGUUGAGCAACUUUGUGCCCUGCACAUCCCUCUCAGUCUCACUCUGUGUCCGGCCCGCAGUGAGGGUAACAGGCUUGGAAGUGCGUCCUCUUCCUCCGGUGUUGUCUCGCUGUUGUCCCGUCGCUGUGCAAAGCGCCGACUCUGCUCUGCAGUCAUGGCACCUGUCCUCCAAAUGUUUGCUGUCAUGCUUGCAUCCGCGUUCCUGCAAACUGCGACAUCGGCCCACCUCAAUGACACCAUAUUUGCAGUGACGGUGAGCUCUCAUGUGAGAGGAGGGAAACAGGAGACCCUCUGUGCCCAAAUCCACGACCCCACAGAGCCCGUCUCACUGGUCAUCACCCUCAACAUGGACUCUGGCAGUACUGUCAUCCUGGAGGAGGCUGUGAAGCAAGACUUUUACCGCUGCCUAACCUUCCAGGUCCCUACAGUGCGAGCCAGAACCGUGGCAACCAUAAAUGUCACCAUUCAGGGUGAGAGCGCCUUGAUGAACAAGAAGACCAAAAUCCUUAUAGAACCUCCUGCUUUCAUCCAUAUCAUCCAGACUGAUAAGCCCAUCUACAAACCUGGACAGACUGUCCAGUUCCGAAUAGUUUCUAUGGAUACCAAUUUCAUCCCGGUCACUCGAGUGUACAAAGUGGUGGAGCUCCAGGAUCCCAGUUCAAAUCGCAUCGCCCAGUGGUUGGAUAAAUCUGUUGAUGGUGGAAUCCUUGAUCUUUUCCAUCCCGUAAUUCCUGAGGCGGCGCAAGGAAGCUACAUGAUUACCGCCACGACGGACAAAGGAGAGCAAAUAUCCCACAGCUUUGACAUCAAGGAAUACGUUUUGCCAAAGUACGAGGUAACGGUCCACCUGCCCAGUGUGAUUACCAUCCUGGACCAGGAGGCAACGAUAAAGAUUUGUGGAAAGUACACUUAUGGGAAACCAGUUAUUGGUUCGGUCAAGGCUGUGUUUUGUAGAAACGCCAUUCGGUAUUACUGGUAUUCAAAUGCCAAAACUACUGACCUCUGCAAGACAUAUGAAAUGACAACGGAUAAAAAUGGUUGCGCUACACAAACGGUGAACGUAACAGCGUUCUCCCUCACCAAGAGCAUAUACGAUGACAAUUUUGAGGUGGAUGCUGAAAUGGAAGAGUACGGCACGGGGGUGAUUCUGAAAGGCAGCGGGCGGACCAGCUUCAGCAGCCACAUCAGAACUGUCACUUUUGAGGAUGUACCUCCAGCGUAUAAGCCUGGCAUCCCAUUCGAGGGAAAGGUCAAAGUGAUCGGUCCAGACAACAAACCUGUCGCCAAUGAACCUGUGUAUCUGUUCAUCGGGGACUCAGAAAACUCAACGCUCACUACAGACAUGAAAGGCAUGGCUUCUUUUUCUCUGGACACUUCCCUCUGGAAGGAUGGUGUGCAUCUAAAGGCGAGGUCCAGAAAGGAGGAGAAUGACCCAUACUCACCCAACACACGCAGACCAGAGUACAGGUUUGCCUACCACAAUGUUGCAGCGUUUUACUCCAAGAGCAGCAGUUUCUUAAAGCUCAUGCAGGUCAGCGGAAGGAUCGCCUGUAAUAAAGAUGCCUCUGUGCGUGCUCAGUACAUCAUCCAAGGGGAUGAGCUAAAGAAGGGACAGGAAGUCCUCGACUUCUUUUACCUGGUGAUUUCCAGAGGUGGAAUUGUGCGGCACGGUCGCGUCCCAGUGACUGUUAAAGCAGGAACUGUCAACAAAGGGGAGUUGACUGUAUCACUCCUUCAAGUGACAGACCUGGCACCAUUUGCCCAGGUUGUAGUUUACACUGUGAUGCCCAGUGGUGAAGCUGUGGCCGACAGUCAGGACUUCCCCAUUCAGCUCUGCCUCAAUAACAAGGUGUCUCUGAGGUUCUCCUCUCUCCAGGAGCUUCCAGCUGAGAAGACCACACUCAAACUCCAGGCUCACCCAGGCUCCCUGUGCUCUGUCAGAGCCAUCGACCAGAGCGUCCUCCUGCUGCAGUCGGAGCAGGAACUCACUGUCGACUAUGUGUAUAGCCAGCUGCCUUUACAGAAGCUGUCGGGAUACUCGUAUGAGGUUGAAGACUCUGAGCCGUAUCCCUGCUUCCCUGUGCCACUGCCAGAGCCUGAACCCGAACCCGAACCCGAGCCAGAAGUGGAGGUAGAGGAAGUUGUAGAGCCAGCCGGACGAACGAAGCGCUCAGUCUACUUUGGACCGCCCAGCCAGAAGAACGACGUCUACAGCCUCUUUAAAGAAAUUGGAAUCAAGAUUGUGACUAACUCGGAUGUGAAAAAACCUUAUAACUGCCAUGAAAGGAUUAUGUAUGACAUGCUUUACUAUGACGGAUAUUCUGUACUAAGUGGGGCUGCCAUGGACCUUGACACAAAUCCAAUUGAUGUGCAAUACGCAGAAAUGGAUUCUGUUGGAAAUCAAAAUGAGGAAACCAAGGAGACUGUUAGAACCUUCUUCCCUGAGACCUGGAUCUGGGAGCUGGUUUCUGUUGGAGACACUGGGUCAGUGGACGUAGAGAAGACUGUACCAGACACCAUCACUAAGUGGGCCGCCGGAGCUUUCUGUGUCUCCUCUGUGGGCUUCGGCGUGUCACCCAACACGGGGCUGACCGCCUUCCAGCCUUUCUUUGUCAGCCUCACGUUGCCCUACUCUGUCAUUCGAGGGGAGGUGUUUACACUCAAAGCCACCGUCUUCAACUAUCUCUCCAAAUGCAUUAUGGUGAAAGUCACACUGGCUGAUGCAGAGCAGUACACCUCCAGGAGCUGUGAAGGCUGUCAGUACAGUGUGUGUCUGUGUGCAGAGGAGAGUAGGACCUUCUCAUGGAUCGUCACUCCGACAGCCCUCGGUGAGGUGAAACUGAAGGUCAGCGCUGAGGCCAUGAAGACUGACAUACUCUGUGGCAAUGAAGUGGCCAUUGUUCCAGACAUGGGCCAAAUCGACACAGUGGUCCGCACCCUGCUGGUGCAGGCCGAAGGAACACCGCAGUCUGUCAGUCACAACGCUCUCCUCUGUCCUGCAGAGGGGCCAGUGGAGAAGAAAAUCUCUCUUCUGAUGCCGGAGAUGUUUGUUGCUGGAUCUGCCAGGGCCUCUGUCUCUGUACUGGGUGACCUGAUGGGCCGGGCCAUGAAGAACCUGGACAGGCUCCUGGCCAUGCCGUACGGCUGCGGGGAGCAGAACAUGGUGCUCUUCGCUCCAAACAUUUUCAUUCUCAACUACCUGAAAAGCACCAAUCAGCUGACCACAGAGAUUCAGGACAAGGCAACACGCUUCCUGGAAAGCGGAUAUCAGCGGGAGCUCACCUACAAGCAUGACGACGGCUCUUACAGUGCCUUCGGGAAGAAUGAUGAGUCUGGAAACACCUGGCUGACCUCUUUUGUGAUGAAGUCCUUUGGUGGGGCGAGACCAUACAUCUUUGUGGAUAAGCAGCACAUUAAAGAUGCCAGGAGGUGGCUGUCCAAACACCAGCGGCCCAACGGAUGCAUCAGAUCUGUUGGGAAACUCUUCCACAACGGCAUGAAGGGAGGAGUGAGUGACGAUGUGUCCCUGACAGCUUACAUCACUGCCGCCAUGCUGGAGCUGGACACCAACGCCACGGACCCCGUCGUCCAGAGGUGUCUGAGCUGUCUCAAAGCAGCGCUGGAAGGCCAGAUGGACAACCUGUACACCACGGCCCUGCUGUCCUACACCUUCACUCUAGCUGGAGACGAGGAGAUGAGGAGCAAACUCAUCAACUACCUGCACCGGCAGUCCAGCACAGAGGGGGGCUCUCUUCACUGGAACAGAGCAGAGGCUUCUGGGAAAGGCCUGGACUCUCUGGAGGUGGAGAUGACCUCCUACGUGCUGCUGGCUCUGCUCUCUGGUCCGGCCUUGCCAGAAUUCGAUUUGGACUACUCAUCUAGCAUCGUCCGCUGGCUGGCUCAGCAGCAGAACCCUUACGGCGGUUUCUCUUCCACACAGGACACCGUGGUUGCCCUUCAGGCGCUGGCCAAGUACGGAGCCGCCACCUACAGCGACGGGGGCAGCACCACGGUGACGGUGACGUCGUUAGGAGGCCUGGACAAAGAGUUUAAGGUGGAUCAGAGCAACAGACUGCUGUACCAGGAGGAGAGGCUGAGCGACGUCCCUGGAGAGUACACCAUCACAGCACAGGGACAGGGCUGUGUGCUGGCACAGAUCUCCAUGCAUUACAACGUCCCCCCUCCCCCCGACUUCUCCGCCUUCAACAUUUCAACCAACACCAUGGCCAAGUGCAACACCAGCAGGCCACAACUCAUCCUCUUUGUGCACGUCAGGUACCAGGGCAGGAGAGAGGAAACUAACAUGGUCAUCAUCAACAUCAAACUCCUGUCAGGAUACAUUCUGGACAAGAGCUCUCUGAAGCUGCUGAAGAGCGACCUGUCAGUGAAGCGUGUGGACGUGGAGGAGGGAUUCAUCAACAUCUACUUAGAUGGGCUGAAGAAAGAUGAAGAAAAGAUAUACAGCGUGACACUAGAGGAGGACGUGCAGGUCAGGAACCUGAAACCAGCUGUGGUCAAAGUGUACGAUUACUACCAAACAAGUGAUGAGGCGGUCACUGACUACACCUCCCCCUGUGCAGAGAGUGACACCAUCAACGAGCUGUAAAAUCCUGCAGAGCCGUAAGUGACUGGACUUCUUUCACGUUCCCGCCUGGAAGAAUCGCUGCGUCAAAGAAACAUCCUGAUGUUUAUUUUCUUCUUCUUAGACUGUGUCUUAGAUUUUUCUUCUUUUAUUUUUUACAGCUUUAAACUUUUUAGUCGUGUUAUAAUGUGAGUGAGUCCCACUUUUUGUGUAAUUUUAGGACAAAAUGUUUACUUUUUUUUGUGAUUGUCUUGUUGCUGUUACAUGCUAGGCUCGCCCCCCACUUCCUCCCCCCUCCUCCUCCUUUCAGUGAGUGUCAGUAAUGUAGCAAUAACCAGUCUGCGUUCAGUAAUCACUGCUGCGUCUCUCUCAACACUGGAACCUUCAUUCUUUUUAACCCGCCGAGCUCAAGAAACAGACGAAAGACUCUGUUACAGUUCUGUUUUUAUUAGAUUUGACAAAAUCCAUAUAAUUCAUACGUGAAGGUGACGCAUGAGACAUACAGGGUACCAAUAACACAGUAUGGUCUGAGUAUUGAUUGACUGUGAGUGUCUGUGUGUGUGUGUGAAACAGGAUCUAUUUUCUAGAAAAACAAGUCUCACGAGUGCUAGGUGAAUUAUUGUGUGUGUGUUUAUGUGUGUGUGUGCAGAUGUGUGUGUGUGUGUGUGUUCUGCUGUACCAGUAAAAAAAGAAAAAGGUAGAUUGAUACAUCACUACCAUACAAUUUGAAAUGUAACUGACAAUAAAAUUUUCUAAAAUGACAAAAAUAAGUAAAAACUGUACUUCUUUUUCAUACCGUUUCAUUUUCAAUAGUAUUUUUUUCAUUUAGGCAUCCUCUUUACAGUAUAUUUAGUUUCCUUUCUUUUCAACAUAGAUAACAACAGUAAUGUAUAUACCAUCUACUAUCAACAGACAUGAUUUAACAGCCUUGCCAGUGUUGAAUAGUUUGGUUUGCACAUGUUCAAUGUGCAGGGGGAGUAAAAGGCAAGGGGGACAUAAUAUAUUAAGGUCUUUUAACUAGUCUUCUACUUCUUUUUUUCUUUUCUUUUUUAAAAGAAGUAAACAUGUCACUAUCUCAGGCACCACGACCAUAAAUUAUCAUCACUUGACCGACAUGAAACUAAACAACAGUUCCACAUGCUCCGAAUAUCACAGCGUAGUUUGUCGUCCUCUCUGCUCCCCGCGGGAAACAGUUCAACUAAACUAAACAACAAAAAGUCCUCCGUUAUCCGUUAUCCGUUAACUACAAACCGUCACGUUCACGGUUUAGAUGAAUAGAUUCACAAUGUGACGAUGGACACGCCCGAGCACUUUACAGUCUGUUUUUAAAGCUCAAGACUUUUCUUUAUCAGUCCUCAUGCGUUCAGGCCUCAGGUCACAGCGGGGAUUCACCCUCCACUACUGAAUGUACAAAAUAUCACACACAUUUUUUCUUGAGUUGAAGUUUCCAAAAUCAAAAUUUCAGCUGGUUUUUGAGAUUGAAAUUCCUGUUUUCUGAUUGGUGCAUGUGUAAGGGAGAAUUUAGGAAGACAGAUUUUUUU